AUGUCAGCUCUAUCCAUCUCCUUCUUAUUUAUUGGAGCGCUCCUUCUCGUGGCGGAAGCACGCAAAUGUCCUCCCGGACAGGAAGGGGAGAAGCAUCCGACUCCCGCUCGAAUUAAAGAGAUGACGGUGACGACGAGUGGGUUGGGUUUGCGUCCGAGGAGAAUAUUUGUUCAUGCGCAAAAGCCGAGGGCCGGAAUGGAUGCGUUACCGGUUGCACAUCCGGUGUUGCAUGAGAAUAGGAAGAAGCCGACGGAGGAGGGUCGGGUGCUCCCUGGGGAUGAAGCUUCGACUGGGAAGAGGCGGAAAAUCCGAGUCACCAAGCAUCGCCAUCAUCAUCAUUCGCGGGGCCAUCAGAAACGUUCCCCACACCCAUCACCAAACGUCGCAUAUGCCCACAAUGGCCCACUCACUACUCAUGGUCAUGGACCUCAUGGAGGAAACUACAAAAUA